AUAAGGCGACGCCACUCGUUCGGUUGAAUUUCGCAUUAUUUGUGUUUCGAUCGUCGACGGAAACCGACGGAAGCCGCUUCUGCUAGCAUUGGACUGAUCGUGUCGGUGAUUUUUGCGCUUCGUUCAAAGAUCUGUCCCAUUCACCAUUUAUAUCAUCGAGUCACCGAUUAAGCAAGUGCUUGCUAGUAAGAUUCUAUUAGGAGAAAUUAGUGAUUGCCUUCAUUAAUAAGAUUGUAUCUCGGUGAAAAAGUUAACUGGACGCCGAGAAGUGUCAGAACCGGUUUCAAAGGAAUUUAUUAUCGUCUCGUGAAUCCGUACUGUGAAGUGAUGCAACUCUGAAGUCUGUAAAUAUCGAAAAAGCAGUUGUUUCCAGCAACACGUGAAAGCAAGAACUAGAAAUCGAUUUUUUAGUUAAUAACGUCAUCGGGUUAGAAGACAAACGACACGAAAAUGUCCAACACAAAUGAAAACGACACUGUGGAGAUUGUUAUUGAAGAAACGGCCGAAAACAGUAUUAGCAACGAAACGGAACCGAAACCAACAGCCGCCGUGACUCCAGUAGUACCGGAAAAGGUUCCAAAGCAGGAAGCCAGAAAGCCAACCGGCGGUGGUGGAAAUGCUCGGGGUCGACAGUUGAAGCCUGACUCUAAUGGGACGCGUGCCCGUUCAAGCAGUCGAUCACCUAGUCGCCGCAACCGUCGAGACACAACCGCUGCUCAAAACGAUGCUAUUCCCCUGCUUCCGGUUGAUGAGGGGCGUCUACCGAGGCAGAACCCCCCAACAAGUGGUCCCGAGAUGGACGAUGAUGAUGGACCAACUUUUAUCGGUCCCCGUGACAAUCGAGGAAUCGACGAUGGGUUUCUUCCGGAAAAACCCACCCGAAAUGACCGUGAUCUAGACGUUGAUCGAAGAAGGUCUCCCGGUAGAAGGAACAGCAAUCCGACGGUACCUUUUCCGUAUGCUCCCGAGUUUGGACCGCAAUUGCCCCCGGUUAUACAAACGGCCGAUGGGGCGCGGGUAAUGCCAGACGUGAACGUGUAUCAACAGAAGAAGAAUCUGGCCCAAGGUAUGAUGGAUCUGGCACUGCUCUCGGCCAAUGCCAAUCAACUACGCUACGUGCUCGAGUCGUAUUCGCGCCAUCCGUAUUUCUACUUCAGCUUGACGUUCAUCUCGACGAGUAUUAUCUGCCAGGUGGCCGUCGGAAUUGGGUUGAUCUGGAAGAGUCGGUACAACAUUAAGAACCAGGACGACUUUUGCAAAGCAGAUCGGAUUAACAACAUGGUCACUAUAGGAAUUUUUCUAAUUACGCUGGUUAAUGUGCUUAUAUCGGCCUUUGGAGUGGCAGAGCCGGUCCAGGCUGUAUAGUUGAUGACAUGAGAGCUUUUAAAGCCACCGAUUUUCCAUCCCCAAUACGCAUUUAAAGCUGUACAUUUGAUGAUAACACGAAUCUCACAUUUAUCUAGAAUAAAAGUAUUCACACAACUGA